GUACUCUGUUCUUCACUCUCAGAUCUGCUUCUCUUCCAAGAACUAGAGGCACACGCUCCCAAUCUUAGCCUGUCAGAUCGUCUAAACCUGUUUAUUUGUCUGCGUUGAAUCUUCUUCUGCGGCGUUGGCGUAUAUAUCAUCUGUGAAUUUCCUCUAGCAAAAUGGCUUUGGGGAAAUAUACUAGAGUAGAUGGUAGAAGAUCAGCAUCGAGUUGCUGUUCGACGGUGACUAUUGUGGCGUUUGUGGCUCUAUGCUUGGUUGGGGUUUGGAUGAUGACAUCGUCUUCUAUAGUCCCCACGCGGAAUGGAGAUGUGUCUCAGGAGAAUAAGAAUGAGGUGAAAGAACAAAGUGAGGUGAAAGAACAGGCGAGUGAGAUCAAUAAUAGCAAUUCUCGGCAGUUCGAAGAUAACCCGGGUGAUUUGCCUGAGGAUGCAACCAAGGGGGACAGCAGUGUCUCUGAAGACAAUUCUAGUUUUUUGGAUAAACAAGCAGAGAAGUUGGACGAAAAUCCUGUAGAGAAGUCUUCUGAAGACACAAAGGGGGAAGAUUUGGAUAAGAAAACGGAGGAUGAAGGUUCUAAUGUGGAAAACGAAUUAAACUCAGAAGCUGCGGAAAAUAACAAGGAUAGAGACGAGUCUUCCAACAAGGAAUCUGAUUCUGAUGAGAGUGGAAAGAAAUUUGAAUCAGAUGAUAACACAAAGUCUGAUUUGGAUGAAAGUGAAAAGAAAUCUGAUGAUUCUGAUGAAGCUACAGAUAGUAAGAUAGAGGAGAAGGUGGAACAAAGUGAUAACAAAGAAUCUGAUGAAAAUUCUAGGGAGAAGGAUACAGAGGAUAAUGCCAAACAGCAGAGUUCAAAAGAGGUAUACCCUUCUGGGGCUCAGUCAGAGCUUCAAGAUGAAAGUACAACACAAACUGGGUCUUGGUCAACUCAGGCAGCAGAGUCAAAGAAUGAAAAGGAGUCUCAAGAAUCCUCCAAGAAGAAAACUGGGUACAAGUGGAAACUUUGCAAUGUCACUGCUGGCCCUGACUUUAUCCCAUGCCUUGACAACUGGAAAGCAAUUAGGAGUCUCCGGAGUACUAAACACUAUGAACAUCGAGAAAGGCACUGUCCUGAAGAGCCUCCAACCUGCCUUGUCUCUGUUCCCAAAGGAUAUAAACGCCCAAUUGAGUGGCCUGAAAGCAGGGAGAAGAUAUGGUAUUACAAUGUCCCACACACCAAGCUUGCUAAAGUUAAGGGCCACCAAAAUUGGGUGAAAGUCAUGGGAGAAUACCUUACUUUUCCUGGUGGUGGAACCCAAUUCAAGCAUGGGGCGCUUCAUUACAUUGACUUUAUACAAGAGUCUGUACCUGCCAUUGCUUGGGGAAAACGCACACGUGUUAUAUUGGAUGUUGGAUGUGGUGUUGCCAGCUUUGGAGGUUUUCUUUUUGAUAGAGAUGUACUUGCAAUGUCACUUGCACCAAAGGAUGAACAUGAAGCUCAGGUACAAUUUGCACUUGAAAGGGGGAUUCCUGCUAUAUCUGCUGUGAUGGGCACAAAGAGGCUUCCCUUCCCUGGGGAAGUAUUUGAUGUAGUCCAUUGUGCACGAUGUAGAGUUCCAUGGCAUAUAGAAGGUGGUAAACUUCUUUUGGAGCUGAAUAGAGUGUUGCGACCUGGUGGUUAUGUUGUAUGGUCUGCUACCCCAAUUUAUCAGAAGCUUCCUGAAGAUGUUGAAAUAUGGAAUGCCAUGAAGGCGCUAACAAAAGCACUGUGCUGGGAACUUGUGUCGAUCAACAAGGAUCAAGUAAAUGGAGUUGGUGUAGCCAUAUACAGGAAGCCAAAUUCUAACGAGUGUUAUGAGAAACGUUCGAAGAAUGAACCUACAUUGUGUCCAGACUCUGAUGACCCUAAUGCAGCAUGGAACAUUCAAUUGCAAGCUUGCAUACACAAAGUGCCAGUGCCAGUUAGUUCAACAGAACGAGGGUUGAAAUGGCCAGAGCAGUGGCCAUCCAGAGUGGCCAAAGUGCCUUAUUGGUUGUCGAGUUCCCAAGUGGGAGUUUACGGAAAGCCUGCCCCUGAAGAUUUCACUGCUGAUUAUGAACACUGGAAACGCGUAGUGUCCAAGUCUUAUCUAAGUGGGAUGGGAAUUCAGUGGUCAAAUGUACGCAAUGUCAUGGAUAUGAGAUCUAUCUAUGGAGGAUUUGCUGCAGCUUUGAAAGAUUUGAAUGUUUGGGUCAUGAAUGUGGUUUCAGUAGAUGCCCCAGACACUCUUCCCAUUAUUUAUGAACGAGGACUUUUUGGUAUAUAUCAUGAUUGGUGUGAAUCAUUUAGCACCUAUCCUAGGUCCUAUGAUCUCCUCCAUGCUGAUCAUCUGUUUUCAAAGAUUAAGAAAAGGUGCAAUUUAGCUGCUCUAGUGGCUGAGGUUGAUCGGAUUCUUAGGCCUGAAGGAAAGCUUAUCGUCCGUGACACUGUUGAGAUCAUUGACGAGCUAGAGAGCAUGGUGAGGUCUAUGCAGUGGAAGGUUCGCAUGACUUACUCCAAGGAUAAGGAGGGGUUGUUGUGUGUGCAGAAGACCAUGUGGCGACCAAAGGAGCAGGAGACACUCGAGUAUGCUAUUAUUUAAGCAUGGAUGAGAUGUCAAAAUUCUUGGAGUUUUGGCCACUCGAAAGUCUGGAUAACUGUUCUUCCACUAUGAGUCCUGUACCAUGUUAGCUAGGAAUCUAUGUAUUCUUCUUUUUCCAUGAGUAUUAAUUUUGAUAUCCUCUAUUUAUAUUUAUUUAAUUGUUAUCCUUUGUUGUAACAUGAUGCCAUACCGUGAAGGAAAAUCGAUCACAUUCUUGCAAAUGUAGAGGCCAUUGGUUUAUAAGCGUAAUAGUCUUGAGUUUGGAAUAUCCACUUGACCAUAAAUGGUAGUAUUAAUCU